UAACCGAGAGCUGUGCUUGGAAUAAAGUGGGCUACAAAAAGGUCAAAUUUGAUCAGUUGGAGCAGAUUACAAGGGCUUUAAAAGGUAGUGGUGAAGAAAUGAAACUGGGACUGUGAAGCAAUAUAGCACAAGAUUGAUUUUGGGGGUGGAGAGAAGCUGGGACAAGUGCUUAUCAGCUUGAGAAGUAGGAAGAGCUCUGCUGGGGCCGUUGUCAUUCCCACACUGAGCAGAGUACUUGCUGCUUUUUGUGGUUAGCCUUCUCCGCAGCUUUUUUUUUUUUAUCAUUAUUAUUUAUACAAUGGUUUCUAUAAUCUCUGACUUGGAUCCUCUGAAAAGCUGGAAAGUUUUAAGAGAGACUGCCGAGUUAUCUGGAACAUUACCAAGUAACGGCACAGCUAACAAGAUGAACGGAGCUUUGGAUCACUCAGACCAACCAGACCCAGAUGCCAUUAAGAUGUUUGUUGGACAGAUUCCACGUUCAUGGUCGGAAAAAGAGCUAAAAGAACUUUUUGAGCCUUACGGAGCUGUCUACCAGAUUAAUGUUCUCCGAGACAGGAGUCAGAACCCUCCCCAAAGCAAAGGUUGUUGUUUCGUAACAUUUUAUACAAGGAAAGCUGCACUUGAGGCACAGAAUGCACUGCACAAUAUUAAAACUUUACCUGGGAUGCAUCAUCCCAUUCAGAUGAAACCUGCAGACAGUGAAAAGUCCAAUGCUGUGGAAGACAGAAAAUUGUUCAUAGGAAUGGUUUCGAAGAAGUGUAAUGAGAAUGAUAUCAGGGUGAUGUUUUCUCCAUUUGGCCAGAUAGAAGAAUGCCGAAUUCUUCGGGGACCUGACGGGCUGAGCAGAGUGCACAGCAUCAAUAUGGAAUCUAGCAGAGGCUGUGCGUUUGUCACAUUUUCUACAAGGGCAAUGGCACAGAAUGCAAUCAAAGCCAUGCAUCAGUCUCAGACUAUGGAGGGCUGCUCUUCGCCAAUAGUGGUGAAGUUUGCCGAUACCCAAAAGGAUAAAGAGCAGAGACGUUUACAACAACAGUUGGCACAACAGAUGCAACAGCUCAACACUGCCACCUGGGGGAACCUCACAGGCCUUGGAGGACUCACACCACAGUAUCUAGCUCUUCUGCAGCAAGCAACCUCCUCCAGUAAUUUGGGUGCCUUCAGCGGCAUUCAGCAAAUGGCCGGGACUCAAGCAGGGUGGAAUACAAUCCUACUGAGCCCACGCAUGAACGCUUUACAAUUACAGAAUUUGGCAACUUUAGCAGCCGCAGCAGCCGCCGCCCAAACCUCAGCUACCACCACCAAUGCAAAUCCUCUCUCCACAACAACUGGUGCUCUGGGAGCCCUCACAAGUCCCGUGGCUGCGUCAACUGCUAAUUCCACGGCUGGUGCGGCCAUGAAUUCUUUGACUUCUCUGGGUACUCUUCAAGGACUGGCUGGAGCCACUGUUGGACUGAAUAAUAUUAAUGCACUAGCAGUUGCUCAAAUGCUCUCAGGUAUGGCGGCCCUGAAUGGAGGACUCGGCGCUACAGGCUUGACGAAUGGUACAGCCGGCACAAUGGACGCCCUCACCCAGGCCUACUCAGGAAUUCAGCAGUAUGCUGCAGCGGCACUGCCAACAUUGUACAGUCAGAGCUUGUUACAGCAACAAAGUGCUGCAGGCAGCCAGAAGGAAGGUCCAGAAGGGGCAAACCUCUUUAUUUACCAUCUCCCCCAGGAGUUUGGAGACCAGGACAUUCUGCAGAUGUUCAUGCCUUUCGGAAAUGUUAUCUCUGCUAAAGUCUUCAUUGACAAACAGACUAAUCUGAGCAAGUGCUUUGGUUUCGUUAGCUACGACAAUCCAGUCUCUGCGCAAGCUGCUAUCCAGGCUAUGAACGGCUUUCAGAUUGGCAUGAAACGCUUGAAGGUCCAGCUGAAACGCUCCAAAAACGACAGCAAACCUUACUGAUCUUAACCCCAGGCGCUUACUGCUCUUAUUUUAGCUUU